AUGAACACGCAGAUGGCCAAACAUAGCAGCAGCAGCCUGGGCGCCGCGAGCCUGACCCAGCAGCGGCCCAUCCAGAUGCGCAGCGCCGGCCGCAUUGCACCCCGCGCCCUGUUCGCCACCAAGAAAGCCGUCGCAGUUGAGGAGCCACCGGCGCCCGCCAAGCGCGGCCUGUUCGGCCGCGCCGCCACCACCACCAAGCAGCAGCCGGCCGCCGCCAAGCAGCAGAAGCGCAGCAGCAUGGCUGUUGACAAGGCAGCCGAGUACGAGAAGCGCCAGGGCCUCCUCAGCCGCGCAGUGAGCGCGCUGGACUUUGCCGAGGUGCGGUCCACCUCCGACGCGGAACUGCUGUACGAUGCCAAGUACGGGCGGCGGGACGAGAGUGGCAAGAUGACCAAGGAGCAGUACGGCGCGCUGAAGCGGCGGGUGGUCGGCACCGCCAAGGACUACUGGAAGGACUGGGUGGACGUGAAGGGCGAGUACACCGACAGGGGCUUUGUGGCCAAGGACCGCGCCUCCACCGCCUCCUCCGUCCCCGCCCUGCCCUUCCUGGUCGCCACCGUGGUCGCCAUGCUGGGAGCCACCGUCGUGCUGUUUGCCGCCUAG